AUGAUGAACAUUAUAAUGCAGCAACAGCAGCAACAACAACAACAACAGCAGCAGCAGCAGCAACAGAAUCCACAACCCCCUCUAAUGCAACAACAAGUUCAACAACCCCAACCAGUACAACAGCAGCAACAACAACAUUUAGAUAAUAUUUCAAAGAUAAAAUCACUUAUUGGACCAUUACGUGAAUCUCUUUCGAACACUAUAAAAACUUCUGCUCAAACGUUGAAUCAAAAUAGUCAAGUGGAUGUGGGAUCUCAGAAAGGUGUAGAUGUACAAAUCCCUCGUUUCGAUAAGAAUUUAGAAGAGUUCUAUUCAAUAUGUGACCAAAUUGAAUUACACUUGAAAACUUCAUUGAAAUGCUUGACGCAACAGGAGAGCAGCCAAAGGUAUUUGAAUCUCCCUGUAGCUCCUACAAAAAGUGAAAGUUUGGGGUUAAACGACAACACAUUGACCUAUCCCCAAUUUCUCGCCACUGCUACUGCUCAAGUUUCUUACACCAAGGAAAUUCACGAUACUUUAGUGGCCGCUGCGCAAAAUAUAUCACCUUCAGAUUGA